AUGAAGUAUAUCAUCGAGCACAUGGAGCAGGGCUUCAGCGAAUGGGUGACCCUGGAAUAUGCGCAAAUUAUCAGGGACUUGGGAGCAUCUAAUUUGAUUCUUUCAUCGCUUCCUAGCGAAACGGAAGAAUCCGACAUUCCACAGAAACUGAGAGAAUUGGGCCUCCAAUGGACUACCAAGCCAUUGACACAAAUCCGCGAAGAGUUUCCGGAGCUUCCCGAGCUUGAAAAACAACGGGUGUGUUUGCUAGAUCCUCGUGCCAAAGGGGACCUUGAGACUGCGGACUCAAGCAAAUUCGAUUAUUUUGUAUUUGGCGGGAUUCUUGGCGAUCAUCCGCCCAGAGAUAGAACGCGUGAGCUCAUGACUGCGUAUCCCGACCUGUUAAUCGGGAAAAGACUAGGUGACAAGCAAAUGACCACUGACACUGCUAUCAGGACGACACAAUUGAUUAUUGAGGGCCAGAUACCUUUCGAAAAGAUCAAGUUCAUCGACUAUCCGGAAUUUCGUUUCAGCAAAAACGAAGCCACGGAGAUGCCCUUCAGAUACGUGCUGGAUGCACAGGGCAGACCAAUUUUGCCAGAGGGUAUGCUAGACCUCAUAAAGAAAGACUCCGAACAAAGUUUAGAUGAUAUCCUUUGA